AUGGUUGAAGGCAGCCCCAGAAGAGUGACGGUUGCCGCGCAGGACUCCAAAAUCAAAACAUCCCUCGACCUCGCAGAUGACGAAGAAAAGCAUCUCAAAUUACACCAGCAACAUGAAAGCAUUCGAAAGACAGAGUCAGAUCCUUCUGGCGGAAGACCUUAUUCUCCUGGAGGAUCUCGUUGGAAAAAGCUUCGUACUACAGUGCAACUUAGCAAUGCAGUUUCUCACCACCGUAAAGCCCCUCUCAAGAGAGAAGACUCCUUCUUGAAGCGAUUUUCCACAAGACCUCCAAAUAUUAUUUCAUCAGACAAAGACUCCAAAAACGCCCAAAAUUUUGCCAAUCGCUUGGCUCGAGCUACUGUCUUGAAUCCAGACGAAUCUCUCCUCUUCUGGUGGCUGUGGUUGGUUACAUUUUGUGGACUACAUAAUAGUUGGACACUCAUCGUCCGGCAGGCCUUUCCGGAAUUGCAAGAAGCCCAUUUAGUGUUGUGGUCUACCCUCGAUUGGUGCUCAGAUUGCAUUUAUCUUUUGGACAUUGCAGUACAGUUCAGGACUGGAUAUCUUGAACAGGGCAUUAUGGUAAGAGAUGGGAAAAGAUUAGCUAGGCAUUACGUCACUUCAAGGGAUUUCUUCCUAGAUGUUGCUGCCCUUGUGCCCUUGAGCUUCAUGCAUCGUCUUAUUGGUGAAUCACCACUUUUAAGGUUUCCCAGGUUUCUGAAAGCAAGAAGAAUUUAUAAAUUUUAUUAUGCCGUCGAAUCGAGAACAGCUUAUCCUAAUCUAUGGCGAGUGGCUAACCUGAUUCAUGUCCUCUUGCUUCUUGCCCACUGGUUCGGUUGUUUCUAUUAUAUGCUAUCUGAACUGGAAGGAUUCCAAGGUAACUGGGCGUACAAGCAUCCAGAGAAUGAAUACUCUCCACUGAUCAGGAAAUACCUUGGAUCAGUGUAUUGGUCAACUCUGACACUUACCACCAUAGGGGAUUUGGCCACCCCAGCUACAAAUUUACAGUAA